CGAGGGACGCAGCCGGCGCCGCAGGAGACACCCGGCCCCGGCGAGACACCAUCCUGGGCGGGUCCCUCGGCUACCUGGGGCUUGGACAAAAGGUGGAGGAGUGUGGCAUCCCGCCACGGAAACCUCGGCCUGGACGGGCCCGGGGUACUGUUAAGGACUGGGUAUACCACCCCCACCCACCAGCCGGCGACUAAGAGCAGCCCUUUCGGCUCCCCAAUCAGGGUGAUUGGGGGACACCUGGCCGAAAGCGGAGGAGCCAUUUUAAAAGGAGGCACAGCACAGCACAGGACGGGUCGGGUGCCAGAAGGAAGGGCUCAUAGCAGAGAGAGAGCCUAGAGGCCCACGGAGGCCCUAGAGACCGCGUCUCCUUCAUAGUUUGGUUGUUCUGAUUUAAGUUGACUGUUAAUAAAUGCCUGAAAUGGCUAAAACCCGAAGGCCAAGCGAGCUUUGUACGUGGAUUCCGGCUCAACCGAGCACCGGGAUACCACAGCACCUUUAUUUAAUCUGGUGUAAAAACAUAUUAAAAUUUAAAACCGGAUCAUACCAAACAAAUAUUCUGCUUGCGUGACCCCAUGUAUGCAAAGUGUCCUCCUUUUUGAUGUGAAGGAAAAGGCCACCCUACUUAGAUAAUGCUAUGUAUAACUUAAGCAUCAUUGAUCUGGCUAUAUUGCUAAAUUUAUAAUUCCCGAUUUGUGUUCCAAACUAAAGGUGAAGCAUUCACAAAACCUUUCUGUGACCCCAACACAUCCCUGGAUCACAGUCCAAGAGGAUGGGACAGUACUCAUGGCUCAUUGCACCUGUAAGGCAGGCCUAGGAGAGGUCUGCUCUCAUGCAGCAGCUCUUCUGUACUCUGUGUUGGCUGCUGCUGAUAUUAAAAACGGGCAGGCUUGCACAGAGAAGCCCGUGCUUGGGCUCAGACAAGUAUGAACUCUGUCAGAGGGGUCCCAUAUGAAGAGAUCUGCAACAUCAGUUUCUCUCAUAAACAAGAGCCAUGUUCAAGCUCCCAAAAUCAAGGUCCUGGUCUUCCUGAUAUCAGAACAUCAGAUAAAGACUGCCAGGCAUUCUUUGAGGCGCUUCAUAAUAGUGAAUUGCGGGAGUCCAAAACAGAGUGCCAUCCUCUCUGUCAUUGAGGGCCACUCCCAGAGGUACAUCCCAAAGGUGAUGCAACUGGACUUGCCAACUCCUCUUUCCAUCCUGUACUCAAGCACCCAGCUGGAGAUGGACUUUUCCUUGCUGCUGGUUGAGAGUACCAAGGUCUUUGAUGAUCUACAUCUAACGAAAGCAACAGAUGGGGUCAGGGAAAGCUAUGUUGCUAUGAUGCAAGACCACCAUGACGACUUCCAGGUGAGGGCAUCAGGGUUCAUCAUCAACCCAGAACUCCCCUGGAUUAGAGCAUCACCUGAUGGUGUGGUUUCCUGCACUUGCCAUGGAGAUGGUGUUUUAGAGAUAAAAUGCCCCUUCAAAACCAGGAACUGCUCUCUCACUGAAAGCUGCAAGGAUUCCUCAUUCUGUCUUGGCAUAGGAGAGGAUGGGGUCAUGGCACUGAGACACAUCCACAAGUACAUGUUUCAAGUGCAGGCACAAAUGCACAUUGCAGAGGAAGUUUUCACCCAGCGAAUUUUGUAUGAUCCUCUCUUUUUCCACGAUGCUUACGGCAAAGUGGUGAAUUUCAUCAAAACUGGAGUGCUACCUGAGCUGAUGGGGAAAUGGUAUACAGCACCACGCCUUACUCCCAUAGACACCACAGCCACAAAACAGCCACAUGAAGCGGGAUGCUACUGCGGUCAACCUGCAGGCACAGAUGUCAUAAUUUGCACAUCUGGAAACUGUAGGCGAAAGCGCUUUCACAAGACCUGCCUUAAAUUGACCAGGGUUCCUAAGACAUGGAGAUGUGUGGAGUGUAGAAAACAAGUUUAGUAUUACCAGUCUGUGACAGGGGAGCCAAUGGGAUGGGAAAAUGUAUUAUGUAUGUAUUGUAAUUGCACAUUUAUUGUUACCACAAUGUGACCAUGUACAAUAAACAUCACAAGUGUUUGUAUUUGAAUGAAUAAUAUUUUUUAUUUCCAAACUAAGUUUAUACACAUAUAUACAUAUAUAUAUAUACACACACUUGAUAGUUUACUUCGCAAAACUAGACACAAUUUUACAGGAAACUCAUAAGUAGGCUUGUAUAACAAAACAAAGAUUGCGAUAUAUUUACAUUUGUACACAAUUGUUUAACUUUGUGACACUAAGGAAAACAAUCUUAGUGACACCCAUGCUAUUGCGAGGGGACAACAGAUUGGCAAAUGUUGCACAGAGCACAGCACACUCUGACCAUCUUGUCAAGAGAUGUAAGCUCUCCUGGAGUUGCAGUCUGGCAGAGAGAAAUGGGUAUUGUGCUUUGUAAAAUGGUGUACUUGUUCCUCACAAGACCAAUCACCCGUUCAACGUGAAUUCGAACAGCUGCUAACCACCUUGAAUACUCAAGUUCACUUGGAUGCAGUUGCUUUUUACCUAGUGAAGGCAGGUAUUUUGAGAUGAGCACUACAAUCCCACAGCAUCUCCUACUGUGAAACCUCGAUCUGCUAGGACCAAAUCACCAGGUAACAGAUUUGCCAGGUAGCCACAGUUCUCUGUAAUGUGCCUGUCACUUGCUCGCCCUCCCCAGCCACGAGACACAAACGAUAUGACUCCCUGUGGAGUUAUUAAUAUCAAGUACUUCGCAGUAUUGUGGUGCUUGUAUUGUGAAUAUGUUUGUGCUCGGGCUCUUAGGUUUUUAGGUCUUUCAAUGAAAAUUUCAAAGCAGUCUAUUAUGGAUGCACAAUUUCUGUAAGUACUAUUUUUGAAACACAUGGGUAAACUAAUUUGAAUCUGUUCCUUACUGGGCCACAGUAUGCAUCUAGACAACCUAUCAUGCAAGACAUUUUAUGUACUGUUAAAAAUUCGGCCCGCAGUAGGCUUUGACACAUGAAAUAGAAAUGAAACAAAGUGCAGUGGUAAAUUCAGUCUCAUUCUCAUUAGUCAUUAAAAAGCUUUGAAAGGGAGACAGUCCAGGUCCCACCUUGAGGAACUCUGACACAAAAGUGAAGACAACCAUCAGCUUGGCAAAGGAUGGAAUUCCAGUUAAGUCCUGCACCAUGUCAUCAUUGUAAGGUGAAAGUGAACAGAUAAAACAUAUAAGGUGCUUUGAGACUGUAUUAUUAUUAUUAUUAUUAUGACAAGAGUUUUAGCUGUUAUUGUACAGUGUGAUGGCAUGUGGCAGGAAAGAUUUCCUGUAUCUGUCCCUUAGACAGAUUAAUGAACCAUGUGUGAGACUAACUGGUGGGCUACACUGGGUAAGUGAACGUUCGCAACGCGCAAAAAAUAGUUUUAGAAAACUAGUUUCAUCACAUCUGAUCAUAGCAGAAGGUAAUUGUUAUCAGACGCAACGCGAACGGAACACUUCAGUUACGUGCCUCGUGUAGCCUUGUUACAUCUCUACCAGAAAUAAGUAAUGUUACUCGACCAAAAAUCGAAUAAUACAAUAUAGAUGAGCGGAGAUAAAAUAAUUGUGACUGAUCUUAUUUUGUGAAUCACUGUCAUCAACAUUGUUGUGUGGCAUGUCAUUGUAUCAUCUUAGGUUUGAUAGCUAACAUCAGUUAAGGAGUUAACUUACCCGAAAUAAAGUGUUCAUUGCACAGCCUGGAGUGUUCUGUCGGAGUCCAGUGAUCCCUUUUAAUGGCAGCUAACCACUUAUGUCUCCUUUCUGUGUUUUUGGGAAUGUUAUAAAACGUAUGUCCCGUUUUUUUGGACAUGCUGUUAUCACAGCCCACGGCACAGCAGAUAGAAGGCAUUUUUACCGUUUACUUUCGGUCACUGGGCUGUCCUAAAGAUGGCGCCGGCUUUACGCUGUGACGUCACAUGAUACCCAUGUAUAGGAAAUAACCCUAUAAUGUCGAAUUUGUCCUUGACUAGUGUUUCCAUUGCACAUAGGCUAUUCUAAUUAGCCCGACAUCAUAUGAGUGUUGCGGAUGGCACUUCAAAAGCAUGCAGUAACAUUAGGCUAUUAGUUUAUUUUUAAUUAUUACUCACAAUAGUAGCUCAAAAUAUACAUGUUAAAAAUAUUGUGGGUGUGGUCAUACGCCAGUAGCUUCUGCCCUACCGAAAUGAAGGGGCACCGCACGCUACUGCUCUGAAGUCCAGAUUGAAACGCUACAUGGAGGAGAAAGGGAUUGUUGUCGUAUGCGGGACAGCUGUCAGUUCACUACCGGAGUUCCGGCCUCUCGGUCGUAUGCAGACUCCUCCGGCUGGACUCCUCCCGCUGCACCGCCGCCAGAGGAGUCCGCAUACCUUGGUCCGAACAAUGGAUCAUUGGAGAAAUGACAUGAAUUUACAGCUGUCUACUGAAAACAUCUCUCUCGAAUGCUGAAUUUGUUGUUGCUGGUGACGUAAAGCGGUCAGCCCAUGGCUCUACUACCACUUGUUGAAAGGGCUACAGUGCCAGCUAGCGUAGCGGAGUCAGCCAAGCUCCGGCCAUUAUUCGAUUCUCUGAAAGGCCAUGUACAUUCAGACAAGUGACACGGUCCGUUCGAGUAGCAAAAUCUGUAUAUGGCUUAAUCCGAUCUAGCUGUCCCAUGUAAACACACUGUGUGUUUUGUGCCUUUCCAGUAUUUGAUAUCAGCUUAGUCAAAAUGUGAUAAUAUGUAUCAUAAAUAUAUGAUAAUAGUAAUGCAUUUAUAUAAAUAAAUAUUUUCGUAUGUAGAUUUGGCUACUUCCUGUAGUUGGUGGAUUUAAAUGUUAAGUGUUUAGAAAUGAGAUCCUUAUUGUAUUUUAUAGAAAAGAAAUAGAAUAGAAAGCCUUUUAUUGUCAUUGCACGAGUCAAGUACAACGAAAUUUUUAGCAAGAUUUCCCAAUUGGUGCAUUCGAGAAAAUAAAUAAAUAUAUAAAUAGAACAAGAACAACAGUAUA